CGGGUUUAAGAAGCGGGAGGACGCAAGCUGUAUCUCCGUCCGCACAACAUGACUUCGCUUUUCACAAAGUUCACGUUUCUUAUGUACACAGUGUGUCUGCAAACCACCAUUUAUAUCGUUUGCGGAGUCCUCUCCACGAUCUACCUGCUGUUUGCCUGGUUCAAAGGCUACUUCCACAAAGCCAAGGAGAGGGACAUCCCCCCGUCAUGUCUCCGGGAUCCUGCUCUUGGUUGGCAUCGCUUUGUCAAGCUGAAGAGUGUAAAACUCCAUUACGUGGAGGCAGGUGAUUCGGAUAAUCCGUUGGUGAUAAUGAUUCAUGGAGCUCCGGAUUUUUGGUUCACUUGGAGGAAGCAAAUUCCGAGUCUUGCUAGUAACUAUUGGGUAGUGGCUGUGGACCUGCGUGGAUGCGGUGAUUCGGACAUUCCCAGAAUGAGGACGCAGUAUACCGUAGACAUCAUUGCAGAGGACAUAGUUCACCUCAUAGGCAGUCUGGGUCGAGAGCAUGCCCACCUUGUAUGCGCAGGUGUAGGUGGGCAGGUGGGUUGGCAUUUGGUACAGCGAUACCCCGAUCUGGUAUCGAAGAUGGUACUUGUCCACUCUCCCCAUCCCUAUAUCGUUCAUCAGCAUAUCCAUUCUCUCUGGAAGAAUUAUUUGAAAUUGUGGUAUUUGUUCUUCUUACAACUUCCGUUGCUGCCAGAGUACGCGGCGCUGCUUAACGACAGUGACGUCAUUGACAGAAUAUUGAAGCCGCUGAUCCGGACGAAGGCGGUGUCCGAACAGGAGAUCGAGGCUUAUAAAUUCACUUUUUCGAGAAGAGAGGACUGGACGGGCGCCCUCCACCACCUUCGUCAGAUCAGGGUGUCUGCCGGCGGCGCUGACGAGGGGACGCCGGAGGUCGUUACUGUCCCCAUUCUACUGAUAAUGGGGGACGCCGACCCCAUCCUCCCCCUCGAUACGGCGUAUAGAUCGGCCGAAUACGUCGAGCGCAUCCGCAUCAAGCCGGUGGGCGGUCCGGGUUACCACGCCCACGUCAGCCACGCCGAACAACUCAACCGGGACAUCGACGACUUCCUGACGGUCCGGCGUCGUCAGGAGGUCGCCGCCUCGUCCUCGUCGUCCUCGUCCUCACACGACGGCUCGGAAUCCCCGUCGUCGUCCUCCUUCUCCCGGAGUGUGUUGGGCGCCGGCCUCUCCGCCGUCACCUCGACUUACGGAAGACUCAGCGGCGCCAUUGAGACAACGCGAGGAAACGUUUACGGCAUCGUCCAUUCCUCACUGAAAACGGCAGAGCAAACGUUACAGUUGGAUCAUCUGUACUAAAGGGACUUGCUAGAAA